AUGGACUCGUUGCCGGUAGAGAUCUUGACCAAAAUCGUCGACCUUUUGACAAUACACGAGAAGGUGAAGUUGCAACUUGUUUGUAAGAAGCUGUUCCGAUUGGCCCGGGACAACAAUUCAUGGAGACUGCAUUGCUAUGAGCAGUCGUGGGCUGCACGGCAGGCUGCCCGUUCUCCCCAUGACCGAAACCCGGAGAGUCUUUUACUCAACCCCACUGCGACUUUAAGUACACUCGGUCACAGCUCAUUGCGAGAUUUAAUACAGCCUCCUGGACCAUCGCCCGAAAAUGCAGUAUCAAAUGAGGCCCGGAGAACGUCACCGGGUGACUUGGCCAGGGCUGCUGCCGACUGGGAUUCUUCUCUGGGUGGGGAACAGGUGGAUUGGUACUCCGAGUACAUUGCCCGCCACGGGCCCAUGUCAUUCUCAUGGAUCCAACAGCCUACAAAGCCUGGCAGACAAAGCCGGGGGAAGGAUGUGCACGAGAUCAAGGGAAUGGGGCUAUUCAAGGACUGGAGCGCUGCGAAGGACGACAAGAUAGUAGCGCCUCUGGAUGAUGGUACUGUCUGUAUCUGGAAUCUCAGUCGCUCUCGCCAAUCGGACUCCCAGUCCGUACGAGGUGGGAUUCUGGGCAAAAGUGAGCCGGGCAUCCUCACAACGAGCCUUCGUCCCGGCAGAGAAUUUUCGGCUGGUCAGCCAGGACUGCAUUUCCUCGAUCUGGGAGAAGGCGUCUCAAUAGAUUCCUUCCAACGCAGGGCGUACCUGGCUGUGGGGAACGUUCUGAACGAGGUCGAUCUGGAGACCUUGAAGGUCGUAUCGCAACAACGAUACCCUUGGUCGAUCUUUGCGCUCUCCCAGGAGACAGACUAUUCUGUUCCACUCACUCUCGCAACAACGCUCAGCUUGCAGAUUUACGACGCCCGGUUGUCCGCCCACGAGGAAGCCGAGGCAAUCAGUCUACGCUGUGAGAAGCGCUCCUCGAUUUGCGUGACGGAACCGAAUCUAUUUGCUCGGCCAGGGUCGCGCUUACUUCAGCUCCAAGUCAACGGACAAUCACUGCCUGCCCGCAUUCGCAGCCCCGAUUCAACCACCGGAGAGGAUUACGCGCCUCUAUUUCAACCUGGGCCCCUCUCGGUUCUUCACCCUCCGGCGCCUCAUGUCAACUCAAUUAUUCUGGCGGGCAGAUUUCCCAGCAUUCUCUGCUACGAUCGUCGCUUCUUUCCUCGCUUGCAGGGCACUGUCCACUCUGGAGGCCGCUUAUGCAGCUUGGCUUCGGUUCCAGGACCCAGAACCUCCGACCUGCCUGACAAAACAUAUCCCGGAUCUCACAAUGUGGUCGCAUGCGGUGAGUAUAAUGGCCGAGGCUCACUAGAAACAUACACAUUGAAGGCUAUGUCACAGGAGAUCGGCACCGAUGUCGAGUCAAAACUCAGCCUACAGCACAAAAAUCGACAAAGUGCGGGCCGCUCCAAACUGCUCUCGGUUGCGUCGCAUGGGAAUCGUCUUGUCUAUUCGGACUCUGAAGGCAAUAUCAAAUGGGUAGAGCGCAAUGGUCGCUCAGAAGUCCGGUCGUGGAACAUCAGCACUUCGCACCCUCAAAUUCCAUUUUCAAAAUCUGACAUCUGCACCGCCCUCCGAUCAUCGGAACAGGACGAACAGGAAGAUGAAGGCGGACUCUGGCGGCACUCGUCGCAAGAUCACAGCGGCGAAGUGGCCCGUAAAAUCCUUCCCACCGGCGAGGCCUUGAGCGGAGAUGAGCUGCUUGUGUGGACGGGUGAACGCAUUGGUCGUUUGAAAUUCUCGAUACCGGUCAGGACUGAUUGUGUUCAAGAGGAAGAUGAGAAUGAUAGCGUCAUAGAACUUGAAUUGGACGAGGACGCUCGAGCCGCUGCACGACAAAAGCUCCACGAUGAGAUGGAGAAGGAACAGCACUAUGAGGAUAUGAUGCGGCGGGCAUUGGCACGGCAAGCCGAUGAAGUUCGGUGGAUGGGAACGGAUGCUUUCGGCUGA